GGUCCCCCCAUGUUAGCGGAUAUCAACGGCAACCUGGCGGAUCUGAGAAGCGAAGCGAUGGCGUCGCAGAGAUUUUGUCUGCGUUGGAACAACCACCAGAGCAAUCUGCUCUCCGUCUUCGACCAGCUGUUGCACGACGAAGCAUUCGUCGAUGUCACGCUGGCCGUUGAGGGCCAGCUACUCAGGGCACAUAAGAUGGUGCUGUCGGCGUGUAGCCCCUACUUUCAGGCCCUGUUCGUUGGACACCCUGACAAGCACCCGAUAGUCAUUCUCAAGGAUGUUCCAUAUGUGGACAUGCGUAGCCUCUUGGAUUUCAUGUAUCGUGGUGAAGUGAGCGUCGAUCAAGAUCGACUGACCGCUUUCCUGCGAGUCGCCGAGUCCUUGAGGAUAAAGGGCCUGACCGAAGUAAAUGAGGACAAGUGUGAUUUGCCAAGUAUAACGUCCUCGCUGUUGGGCGGCAGCCAGAACGCGGUGGCACCGCCGCCGCCCAGUCUUCAUCGGAUCAACCAAAUCGGUCCGCAUCAUCAUCAUCAUGUCGCGCAGAAGAGGUUCCAUCAUAUGUCCAGUCAUCCGUUGCUUGGUUCGGCGCUGACAGCGCCUAAGAGAAAACGUGGUAGACCCAGGAAGUUGAGUGGUUCGUCGGAUACGCCAAUCGGUGAAAUCGGCGGUCAGGACCUGCAAUCCUGCUCUGGCGCUGAUCUAGUCCAGGGCUCGCCCGAGAUGAUGGAAAUGAAAAUGGGAUUGGACUUUCAGAGCGAGGUUAGCGGUAACGGCAGCGUGAGAAACACCAGUGCCUCCUCUUCCAACAACGUUGGCGCCAAUUCUGCGACAGCCACUAAUAAUCCCGCUGCCGCCGCCUCUUCGGGAUCAUCAUCGACGAGGAGAGACGAGCCUACGGAGAAUGGUACUGAUACACCGGAACCAGUCACGCGGGUCAAACGAGAACCAGAACCGACGCCCAGCACCUCGGCGCAAGCCUCGGAUGAGACAUUCGCGCGGCCGCACAGUAGGCAAGGGAGUGAGGGUUUCAAGCAAGAAUUGGAGGAGACGUCGAGCGGAGGUGGUGAUAGCGGCGAGCCGCCGACUCACAUCCGCAUCAACUUCGAGCGAUGCUUUCGUAAAGAGUUCAGCACGCUGCAGGGUAAAGCCGCGUCGACCGCCGCGGGCGAUGAUCAGCAGCAGCAACAACACUCGGACACUGAGAUGGACACGAAGGCGAUGUCGAAGGACAGCAUAAGCAGUGCCAUAUUUAGCGUGAUGGCUGGCGAGGCGGAAAUCAGUCAGAGCGACUUCGAAGGCUCGUUCAAGACCGAGAACGAGCGCACGGAGGGUUCGGUGCGGGACUUCUGCGUGAAGGAGGGCGACGUUUAUCGAUGCACCGUGUGCCAUCGCACGUAUACACACAUCAGCAACUUCUGCCGGCACUAUGUCACCUCGCACAAGCCUAACGUCAAGUACUACCCCUGCCCGGUCUGCUACAAAGAAUUCACCAGGAAGGACAACAUGGUCGCUCACGUCAAGAUCAUACAUAGUCUUAAACCGCACAUGAGUCUCAGCAAUAGUGGCAACAGUAACAGUAGCAGCAGUAUGGGUCAGCCGCGGUAGACCAUCGCUGGCUGGGCGUCCUCUCAGCAUGCUUCCUCCCUCAGAUCGCGUUUCUUGGAUCUCGCGCAUAAUUCCGUGAUACCGGAAAUGCUGUAAAUCCAUGGUAUCAUACUGUGUCCAUGAUAUGAUAUUACGAGAUAUUGUAAGAGUUCGUGACACCAAGAUUUUUUUAUGUUAAUCAAGAAGCUUUAAUACCGGUGAUUAAUGAAUGAAGGUUCUAGAAUUGAUGGUAUCAUAGAUUAUGAUACCAAGGAAUUACGAUAGGAAAAAGAAUGGUUGAGUCUAUGAUGGAUGAACGUCAUAGGUAGAUUCGCGGGCCUGAUGCGCUUGCCAAAAUGAUAAAAUCGAGGAACGCGAAGAUGAGGGAGAAGAAGGGAGAUAGAGGAGCUCGAGAAAAACGUGAAGAGGCCAGUAUAACGCUUCGAAUGAAGUCAGUGCGCUCCUAUGAGCAGAAGGAAAGAAGGACGAUAGAUAGAUAGAUACGAGUAAGCGAGAAAACAAGUAGGUAGGUAAAUGGUUGAUCUUAUAAAGUGGCUGUACUCUUCUGAAAUGGCCAGAGAGGGUGGGUACACGGAAAACAAGUGGGUGUGCAAGAUUCUAAGCUAUGAACGUCAUCGUCGGAGCACACGUUCCUUAGUUUUCGCGCGAGCGUUCUCUAUGGCAGUUUUUCCGGUGUGCGAAUUUAAUCAUUUGGACGUUAAUCGUCUCUAAUUUAUAAGGUGAACAUAUCUUGCGAAGUGUAUUUUCGCUAUUCUAAUAUUACACGACGUGCAUGUUGCAUGAGACUAGCUCAAUAUCUUGAUACCAAAUCUAUGCCUUGGAAGAAGAGUCGUAUAUUCACACACAUAUAAACACUUUGCAGUGCUUUUCUACUUCCAAGCCGCAGAAUUUCUUUUUAGAAACACUUUAAAGAGACACGCAAUAUAUCGCUCAAAUGAUUAAUGAAGCUGAUCUGUCGAGUCGUAUCGACGCUGCGUAAUCCGUGAUCAGCGAGGCGCGGGUCUGACCAAGUCCAAUACGCAUUACAAGUCAAGCAAAUUAUUAAAAUAACUUCUAAAAAAAACUUCUAUGAAAAACUUCUAAAAAAAAAGGUUCCGGGUAGCUUUCACUACGUAUAAUUCGAGCGAUGCUGCCCUGAAUUUUGUCCCUGUUCCAGAUCUUGGUCCUGAUCCUGGCCCUAGUGUUAGUCCUAGUUAUCUUUAUCAAUCUCCGUGCCUUCGAGGACCCACAAUGCGCACGCUUCGGUAUUUCGCGUUACGCAACGGUCGUUUUGCGAAGGAUCGAGCUUCGAUAACGCUGGAAACUUCCGGAACGAUUUGCGCGCGUGUAACGAGUAACGGGCAUUAAAGUUACAAAACGAACGAGCUUUACCGCGUUUGUCCCGAAGAGAAAGGGCGAAGCGGAUGUAAAAACGGGAGAUGGAAGAGGCUUUGUACUGCAUCAUAAACAAAGAGUUUAUAUAAAUCUAACCGAUGCGUCGUUUCAA